UAUGAAAGAAAAAACAAAAUUUGGGGUACAUAAUGAUUGAUCCCCAAAGUUGAAAUCUCGCAAAAGUUCGCGAGAAUCAUUCUUUUCACGUUAGGUCGCCAUCAUGGGUAUUUCUCGGGACAAGUGGCAUAAGAGGAGGAAGACCGGUGGCCGUUUAAAACCUCUGCGCAAGAAGAGGAAGUUUGAGUUGGGACGACCAGCUGCUAACACUAAGCUUGGUGCCAGGCGUAUCCACACAGUGCGAACACGUGGUGGAAACAAAAAAUACAGGGCUUUGAGGCUUGAUACUGGUAACUUUGCCUGGGGGUCUGAGAGCCAAGCCCGCAAGACACGUAUCAUUGAUGUACUGUACAAUGCCAGCAACAACGAGUUGGUGCGUACAAAGACAUUGGUAAAGAACUGUAUUGUCCACAUUGAUGCCACACCCUUCAGACAGUGGUAUGAGGCCCACUAUGCUAUGCCUCUUGGCCGCAAGAAGGGAGCAAAAAUGAAUGAGGAAGAUGAAGCUAGAAUUAACAAGAAACGCUCCAAGAAGACACAGAAGAAAUAUGAUGAAAGACAGAAAGUUGCUAAAAUAGAAUCUGCACUUGAAGACCAGUUCUCUGCUGGAAGAGUCUUAGCAUGUGUGUCAUCUAGACCAGGACAAUGUGGUAGAUGCGACGGCUACAUCUUGGAAGGCAAAGAACUUGAAUUUUAUCUCCGUAAGAUAAAGGCCAGGAAGGGCAAAUAGACUCUUUGCUAAUAAUAUGUACAGUAACAGAUACAGCAAAUAAAUC